AUGAAGCCAGCAGAGAUCAGAUUCUCUCUACAGAGACCUCUACAGCACAGAGAUCCAGCCAUGGCACCUACAAUCACUGCAGCAAUGACCAAUUCUCAGGAGCAUCUCACUCUGACCCACAAGCUCAGAAAGCCUCUGGUGGAGAAGUUACGCAGAGAGCGAAUCAACAGCAGCAUCGAGCAGCUCAAGUCUCUCCUGGGUCCAGACUUCCUCAAACAGCAGCCAGACUCCAAGCUGGAGAAAGCAGACAUCCUGGAGAUGACAGUUUGUGUCCUGAGACGACUGCAGCAGCAGCAGCAGCAUCGAGCUGUGGACUCAGCAGCUGUCCAUCAGGGCUACUCCAGAUGUGUCCAAGAGGUGACACACUUUCUGUCCAGAGAGCCGGUGAAGACACCGUCCCAGAGAAGUCUUCUGCAGCACUUCUACAAACUGCAGCCUUCCUCUCAAAACACCCUGAGAGAGGCUGACUUCUCUCCUCUGAGCUCCACAGUCCAGACCAGCAAAGACAAGAGUCCAGUCAGCAGCGCCGUCUGGAGGCCUUGGUAGACACCUGAGGACUCAAAAAAAGUGAAGCUCAGGAGUGAAAUGAGCAAUUGUACUUCAAUUCUCGGAUUCCAACUCCAUCCUCCUGUUUGAGGUCUUGGUUGAAGAGUUGCAUAUGUUACUGCAGCCUUUCGCCUGUGUUACCUUUUGUAGAGGUUCUGUGUUUCUGUGAUAUUUACAGACAACAGUGAUGCAUUAUGUUGUAUUUUUUUCUCAUCUCUGAUUCAGAUUUUACUCAGUGAGGUAAAAAUUGCGAUUCCUAGUGACACUGACAGUGAUGUGUUUACUUAAGGAGACGCAGUUAAUCAUAUUGAACAUGUUUGAGAUUCCUAUGUGAUAUUCACAUACUCAUUCUUUCUGAUCUAUCUUUAGAUUUGUUAUUUGUCUGCAUUUUUAGCAGAUUCGUUUUGUGUAUGAAUAAGUUGAUCAAGACAAAUGUGCUGCUUUGUAACUCUGUGAGUGACAGCACUCGUUCCUUCAGUGAAGGGGAAAUGUGUCACAGUGAAUGUAUCUCUUCAAGCCAAGUGAUGCGCAU